AUGCACCUGCUCACUGCUCAUUGCUACAGCGACCUCAUUCACAAGAUCGAAGAAACCCAUGAAAGUAUGGCAUGCCACUGGUUUGAGAGCCACCCGAUCGAUUGGAUUUACCAGACUCCAACGGUAAUAGUUCUUCUCCUGAACCUGAUAUUUCUUGUCUGCAUUAUGUGGGUCCUUAUCACGAAGCUCCGUUCGGCAAAUACUCUGGAAACUCAACAAUACCACAAAGCCGCCAAGGCCCUUCUUGUACUUAUGCCUCUUCUGGGGAUCACGUACGUCAUCACUAUUUACGCUCCGACUCCGGAUAGGGCUUCUAUCAAUGUUUUCGAGUGUACGAGAGCCGUGCUACUGUCGACACAGGGAUUCACUGUGGCCCUGUUCUAUUGUUUCCUCAACACUGAAGUUCAAAACACCUUACGACACCAUAUUGAGACAUGGAAGACAAGGCGAUCUCUGGGACCAAAAGGUCUUCGUGCUAGCGCUCGUAGCAAAGAUUGGUCACCACGAUCACGUACUGAGAGCAUAAGAUUAUAUAGUCAACCGACCAACAUUUACCGCAAACGAGAGUCAAGUGCUUCAGAAACCACAACAACUACACUUGUGACAGUGAAUGGAGGUGGUAAAAGAACUUCCAACGGAACUCCCAUGUCAAGAAGUCCCUAUCUACAUCUCCCAAGACCAAGCUACGGUGGUACUGUUUGAAUAUAUUCAGAAUACCUAGAAACAGCGGACGAAUUCGGCCAGUCGACCACUUGGACCACAAGAAAACUCUUUUUUUUUAUUUACAAGCAUCAUUGAAACGUGUUCAUAAUUAUAAACACUGCAAAAAAUCAAGGAAUCCUAUCUUCUAUUAUUUUCUAUUGCAUUUCAGUUCAAAUAUUCAUUCAUACUUGAUACUGGGUCUGAUGUUUAACUGAAUGUAGAAGAAUGUUUGAACAAAUUGUAUUGUGAGAGUUAAAAUGAUUUUGGUAGCACCAUAUAGUAUCUAAGACUAGGUAUGGCAGUAAUUUGAUAAAAGGUUCACAACAAACCGAAGACUCUUUUUAUUUAUCACACAUAUUUGAUAAUUUUAGUACUGAUUUCAAAAGCCAGAUGUUCGAAUCAAUUUCUACAGGUUAUUCAAUAAAAUGUUCUGUAACUGGUAUUCAUACAACAUCCUCAAGAUAAUGUAAUCAAUAUACUAUUGCAUAAUUAAGGAAAAUAUCAAGAAACGAAUAUUUAUUUUCAUAUUCUCGACACCAAAUGAUUUUUUAAUCGAAUCCCUUACUUUGGUAUCCACACCAAAACCUCAAGAUGAUGUAUUCAAUAUAUUGCAUAAUUACAAAAAGUAUCAAGAAACAGAUAUUUAUUUUUAUAUUUUCGACAUAAAAUGAUUUGGUGAUCGAAUCCCCAAUUAAUGAAAGCACUGACAAUUUUUUUUUAUAUUUCAUUGGUUAAUCCAUUCCAUUGUCCUAUUAUUCAUCAGAAAUAAAUUUCAUCCUAGCGUGAUGAAAUUUGAUUCAUAUUUCAUGCAGGAACACAAUUACUUCAGCAAAAUCGUCAAGAUAAUCGGCAGUGUGAAAGUGUACUUUGCAUUUGCAUAUCUCUCAAUCAUAUUCAUUUUUAGAAAAAUGGUAUGAAUGAUAUGAUAAUAAAAUCGUGAAAGGUUAAAUGAGACUACUUUCAUGCGAUAUAUCUAUUCUUCCAAAUGUAUCGAAAACA